CUUAGCGGUAGCAUUAGUGGUAGUGUGCCUCUCUCCCUCUUUCUGCUACUUGACCUCUUCUGACUUCCCCUCAAGGCUGAUUUCUCCCAACAACCAACAAUUCAACUACCCAUAAGCAUACACAUUACUCGCCCACGGCCCCCGUUCCUCCUCUUGAACUCACCCACGAUCAAUCUUUCAAGACUUGAUCGAACACCCGGAGAAAUUGCCCCUCCUCUCUAGCCGGAGUUUGUUCUUGGCCGCAUCAGCGAUUAUCCGUGCCUGAAAGUCGAGUGCACUUUUACACUUCUGCCUGGGGCAACUUCACCGACUCCUGCAAUGCGUUAUCGAGAAGUUCCUUAAGAAACAUUAACGGCGCUGCAUACCCUCUAAUUCCGUUCCCGGUAUUCUUGAACUAGCUCUUCGUGGUCCGUCAUGCCAUCUAUCCUCAGUGACGCCGACAAAGAAACCGUCAAGAGGACUGUCCCCAAACCGGCGAACAAGAUUCAUGCUGUAGCUGUUGCGCGACUAUAUGUGGCCUACCCGGAUCCUCAAAAAUGGACAUACACAGGUCUACAGGGUGCCGUCGUCCUGGCGAAUGAUUUAGUCGGGCGGACCUUUUGGUUGAAGCUGGUGGAUGUAUCGCCCGCUGGACGAGGUGUUAUCUGGGACCAGGAGAUCUACGAUAAUUUCCCCUAUAACCAGGACCGAACAUUCUUUCACACGUUUGAGUUGGAAGAGUGUGCCGCUGGUUUAUCCUUUGCUGAUGAGAAGGAAGCUAAAACGUUCAUCAAGAAAAUGCAAGAGCGGGAGAAAAAUGCGAGCAAAGAAACUCGGCAGACACCUUUUGCAUCCACUCGUGGUCAAGGCCCCGCUCCCAUAGCAAAUGGUAAACAUGGCGUAGGACGGUCGAUUUUCGGGAGCCUGCUAGGCCAUCGGUCAACAUCGGGGUCAAAUGCGCCUCCACCAGUAGCACAUACAGAACCUCCUUCUGCGCCUUCCAUUCAAGUCGCACCUCCCCCACCGAGCAGUCCCCCACGCAAGCCCUUGCCCUUCGACACCAGUGAUCCGUCCUGGAAAGGUCUUCUGGACGAACUCUUGCAGAUGGGAAUUACGGAAGACCAGAUCGCAGAGAAUUCGGACUUUAUCAAGGCAUAUAUAGAGCAGAAACAAAGCAACGGGGUCGAUUCUACUCCGUCUCCAGCUGAGGACAAAAGGGGCAAAGCUCCCCCUCCGCCUCCUCCAUCGGCGCCUCCUGCUCCUAAGUCAACCUCUAUAAGCCCGCAACAUACAGGUAAUAGUACGGGUAGUCGACGAGGCGCUCCGCCACCACCUCCACCGUCACGAAGAACUCGUGCUGAGGCAGAGGAAGAGUCGCCUGCAUCCACUCGCGAACCAUCUCCGCCCCGGCCCAGAUUCCGAGCGCCGCCUCCAAUUGCAGAUGCUGGCAAAUUUGCGCACACGAAUGGGCCCCCUCUUCCCGGCCGACAGCGAGCGUCAUCGGGCACGACCCCUGGGCCUCCUCCCCCACCACGACCUCCAAAGACUCCCAUGGAUGACAGUCAACCGCGGUUUGGGGUGCCUCCACCUUUCGGAGGGGAGCGAAAGGUGUCCGCUCCUCCAGCACCACCAAGCCGUAACACGGCGCCUCCAGGGCCACCACCACGGCCACCUCCCCGCACGUCAAGCCCUGCAGUACCGCCGCAGCUUCCUCCGAAAGUGCCUCAUGCACCGGCCUCAACGCCAGCACCUCCACCACCACCACCCCCGAGAAGUCCGGCCAGCCAACCGCCUCCUCCUCCGCCUGUACCAGCUGCUUCCCGGCCUACGCCCCCUCCACCUGCGUCCAGUGCGGUGCCCCCUCCACCACCACCACCACCGCCUUCAUCAAGCCCAAGUCCUUCUGUACCCCCUCCCCCUCCCCCUCCAUCAAGCAGAGGCCCUCCAGCUCCUCCACCGCCACCCCCAUCUUCGAGCAUCCCUCCGCCUCCGCCUCCACCCGGCCGUGGUGGAGCAGCUCCACCUUUGCCCACACCCUCUGGUGGAAGAGACGACCUUAUGGCUGCCAUUAGGGCAUCCGGAGGCAAGGGUGGCGGAGGCUUGCGGAAAGUCCAAGACACCGACAAAAAGGAUCGCAGUGCGGCGAUGGUUCCUGGGUCUGCCAACGAAUCAUCCGCAGCUUCAGCAGGGGGUGGUGCUGCCCAGGGUGGUAUGGCAGGCGCUCUUAAAGCCGCUCUGGACAAGAGAAAGCAGAAAGUUAGCGGUAGUGAUGACGAAAAGGAAGACGACGAUGAUUGGUAAACUCGGUGGCCACUUCUCAAUUUUUGCUUCAUGUGUUGCUGUGGGUUAGACCGGUCUAGUUUCGCUUGAUACCUACAUAUUGCAGCGUUCUUCGUUUCAAUAUUCAGCAUUAUUCUUCAACUGAGCAGGUGUCGGUUGGAUUUCCCACCCCCCUGAAAAGGCUCCUUCAUGUAACAAAAGUAAUGUCUUACAAUAGUCUGGGAUCCGACGAGCAA